CUAACAGGGAAUCUUUUGCUGAACCAAUAAAAGUUUCCCUGCAACUCGAUCCGUCUUCUGGAAUCGCUCUCUGGGCUCCCGGAAUAGGCAACCCUCUAAAUUGGUGACCCCGAAUCCGGAUCAACCUCAGCGCCGGAUAUUUGGAACUUUUCUCUGGUGAGCUCGUUCCAUUUAUUUUUCAUAUUUUCCGGUUUAUUUUUGCAUACGAUAGCCUAUUUUUUCGCGUCAUUUUUUCAAAUCAUGGAAUCUGUAGACCAUAAGGUAGAGUCUAUGCUUAGUGUUGUAUCUCUCUCAGUUCCACCUUUUUGGGACAUGGAUCCUGUUUUGUGGUUCGCUCUUCUUGAGGCUGAGUUUUAUAACCACAGAAUCACUUCCGACUACGCGAAGUAUUGCAAGCUCCUGUCCUAUCUCCCCAAGGAGAUAUCAAUGCAGGUUCGUGACGUCAUCAUUUCUCAGACCGAUAACCGCUAUGAGGCUCUGAAGGAGGCCACGAUUAAGCGUGUUAUGCCCUCUGAGAAAGUUCGCCUGCAGCAGCUUUUCAGGGAUCUGCAGCUGGGCGACAAACUGCCCUCAACCCUGCUACGAGAGAUGCAGCAACUCCUUGGUUCUUCAACCAUGGAUGAGACUUUACUUCGCGAACUAUGGCUACAACGGCUACCGGAAAACACACAAGCGAUUCUCGCUACAGUGAGCUCCGUUCCGCUCACUCAACUAGCAGACUUAGCGGAUCGAGUUAUUGAACGAUCACAGCCACAGGCCAACGCCAGCAAGGUCCAUGCCGUCGCGUCCCAGGGCACUUCUAUCACUGGAUUACAGUCAACCAUAGAAGCCCUGCAAACACAAGUCGCGACACUUAGUCGCCAG